ACUUCUAACACAUUUGAGGACUGAUUGUCAUCUGCGUGUUGGUUUGGACCAGUGGAAACAUGAUUGCUGAGAUUUUCAUCACCUUGUUUUGUUUCUGUUCGCUCCAUCCUACUUUUGGACAGGACUGUCCAAGUAGACAGGAAAUACAGGGUUCUCUGAAGCAGAUUCAGAAACUUCUCUCAACCCAUGAAGCCUCGUACUUGCAGAGUCUUCGCAACCUGAAGAAGAAAAUAAACCUGUUGCAGAGCAGCACUGGGAAGCAGACCACAAGAUCCAUCAACAGUACCACCUGCCCGAGACUGGACGGGCCCAUCAAUGGGAGGAAACUCGGCAAGUCACACGGUGUGGGCCAUGAGGUCCACGUUCUGUGUGACCCUGGUUAUGAACUUGUGGGAUCAGAGAGCAGGGUGUGUCAGGAGAGCUUGACCUGGGGCGGCCAGCAGCCUACCUGCCGAGACAUCAAUGAGUGUGCGUCUGCUCCGUGCCUGAAUGGUGGGACGUGUGUGGAUGAAGUGAACCAGUUCUCUUGUGUCUGUGCUAAAGACUGGGCUGGACUGACCUGUCAGAGCCCUGUGCCAACAUUCUUUGUCACCAUGACAAACACCUCUGCCGCCACCUCCCCAACCACGGCCGCUGCUGCCACCCUGCCGGCUGCCACCAUGGGGCCUUUUGUUCGUCCAUCACGCUGCACUUUAACGCAGGGGACCACCCACUGCACCUGUGAGCCAGGAUACACCAUCUCUGGCAGGGACAGCAACACCUGCACUGAUAUAGAUGAAUGUGAGCUGUUCCAUAACAGUCAGGCUGGGAAACUGUGUUUACAUGCUUGUGUUAACACACCUGGAGGCUACCGCUGUUCUUGUCCUAUCGGGUACAAUGUGACCCGCGAUGGACGCAGCUGUAAAGACAUUGAUGAGUGUGCCACCAGACAAAACAACUGCACAAAGGACCAAACAUGCAUUAACACGUACGGUGGUUUCCAGUGUGUCCGUGUGGACUGCCCCAAAAUCCCUAAUGCUGCAUAUGUCAAGACGUCGUCAAUGCGUUGUGAACGUAACCCCUGUCCUGUGGACAACAAGGCAUGUUCCCAGACCCCAAACUCCUUCUCCUACCAUUACCUGGCUGUCGUGUCAAACCUGUCAGCUCCUCGUGUCAUGUUCAGGGUCUCAGCAUUACGUCCAAUUGGAGACACGCUUCGCUUCUCCCUGCUGGGGGGGAGGCAAGCUCGGCGCCACUUCACAGUCCAGCGCUCAGACCGUGUGACAGGUCAGCUGAUGCUGGUGAACCGAGUGCAGGGCCCUGCGACACUGGAAGCAGAAGUGGAGAUGAGCGAGCUGGAGAGACGAGUCCAGAUGGGGCGGUACAUCACCAAAGUCACAAUGUUUGUUUCCCAGUAUGAGUUCUAGAGAGUGAACGUGGAAAUGGACUUACAGCACAGAAGUCUGGUUUGGAUUUAGCUAAAAACUCUUGACAAUCGGAUGUUUUGUGGUGACUAUCUUUAAAAUGUGCUUUUGCUAAAGAGGUUGCUGCAGCCAAGUGUCAAAGCUUGAGUGAAGUCAUUAUGAACGAGCAUACUGACUGAAGUGAUGAAGGGUAAACACCUGUCAGCUGGUGGAACACAUGGACGGGUUCUGAGUGAUAUAUCCAUAGGUUGAUUUAACUAGAAGAUCAAAAGUUUUGUGUAGAAGAACUUUAACAUAUUUAUUGCACAAAUAUAGAAAUAAGUGUAAGAGAUAUAAAAGGUGAAUGGCAUGAUGUAGCAAACAGUGAACCAGCAUUAAACUGGAGGAACUAGAAAAUAUAGACAGGCCAUCUAGAAAGAAAGUCAUUGACAGUCCUACGAUGUUGACAUGUAUAUUGAAGAUUUUGUAAUUCUCUUAAAGAUCAUGUUUUAUUUAUAUUCUGGUUACGGUACAAUUAUAAUAAAAUCAUUAAAACACCAUAUAAACCAUACAAA